AUGUCCGCGCGCGAUGUGCAGCAGAAGGGGAAGGGAAGCGUGGGAGGGGCAGGAGCAGGGGCGCCCAAGUCGACGCUGGCGGCGGGUGCCCGCCCCGCGAAGCCGGCUGUCUCUGCGCUCUCUGCUGCCGCCCUGACGAAGUCGGUCCCCGGCACGAAUGCCCGCCCUAGCACGAGCACGAGCGGCAGCAAGCGCCUCACGAUCCGACUUCCGGCCCACGCAUUUGCGCGCACCAACCCGCUGGUUACCCCCGACAAGCGCCUCCCGCCCGAGGCGCAGAAGUUCCUGCGCUGUCUGCACGAGAUGCUGACGUCGCAGGACGCGGCGGUGGGGUGGUCCAAGAACGGCAAGGAGCUCUUCCUGCUCGAUGUGGAGAACAUCCUCCCGGUGUUUUUUGGGGGGACGGCCAAGUCGUGGUACCGCCAGAUGCAUGCGUACAACUUCCACCGCAGGGCGCGGCCGGGGAGCAGUGUCGUCGUCUGGAGCCAUGCUGACAUCAAUAGCAAGUCGACGCUGGCGGACUUUCUGAAGCUGCGGAGGCGGGACACGAAGGCGGCGGGCGUGCUGAAGGAGUGGGGCGCGCUGAAGGGCAGAGAGCCCGUGAAAAAGAGGCGGCAGCGGAAUAAUCCCAAUAAGCCGCCAGAUACGGCGGUGGUGCCGCGUUCCCUCCCGAAACAUGCGCUUAUUAAGAGCGAUAAUUUCUUGGUGAACCUCUACGCCAUGGCGGACGACCCAGAGAACGCCGCUACCCUGCUGUGGUCCCCCGCGGGCCACAUCGUCGUGCGGGACGCCGACCGGCUGCCGGAGCUGCUGAGCCGCAAGCUGGGGACCGCGCAGGGGUGGUACCCGCAGUUCGAGCGGCACGGCUUUGAGAUGACGCCGGUGCGGCUCGACGGGAAGGCGGUGUACGCGUGGCGGCAUCCGGUGCUGGGGCCGGACUACCCGCGCGAGCGGCUGGAGGAUGUGAUGCCGUUCGAGGCGGCGGUUAUGGCGGGUAAGCUGGUCGACUCUACCGGGAGGAUGAAGGCUAUGGUGACGGGGGAGAUGGAGGUCGAAGAGGAGGAGGAGGAGAGCAAGCCGGCUUUACCCGAGGAAGAAGAAGAAAUGGAGGCUUUGCCCCCGAAAAGCGGGAUGGCGGAGCGGGAAGCGAAGGCGGGUAGCAGCGACGUGGAAAUGGCUGUGGAUGAGCCGCCGCCCGCGUUUAUCGAGCCGAUGUCGUCGCUGCCGUCUCCCCCGCCGUCGCCGCCGCCCGAGGCCCCGCCGCCGGAACAGUGCUGCGUUGCGUGCGCGGCGACGAGCACGUUCGACUGGAUCGACUACCGCGGGAAGAUGUAUUGUCUGGACUGCGGCCUGCGCGUGCUUGCGCUGACUUGGUUUGGUUUGGUCGGGCAGCAUGGCGAGGAGGCGGUGUUGGCUUGA